AUGAAGGAGAGAAAGAGAAGGGGGGGGAGGGAGGGCGGUAUAAAACGUCAUGGUCUUCCCAGCCAAUGUCAGAAGCCUUUAGUCGGUCUUCCUCUCGCGCAUCUAGACAACUUCGUCUGCUUCCCAUACUUUGAAGAGAAAUUUGUUGUCUCUUUUCUUCUCUCCCCCUGCUCCAAGCGCAAAUCUUGGCGCACAAGCUCUACCUCCCUCCCUCCAUCCUCCUGUUUCCCCAGCCCCAAGCCCCAGCCCAUCAUGCAGCUCGCCCAACCCACGACGGCAGCCAAGCUGCUCCUCCUCUGGGCAUCCGUCAGUGAACUGUGCUCGGCGGCGCCGCACUCCGACAGCCCGCGCGAGCGGCUCCUCCGGGGCCUGGACAUCCCCGCAAGCUACCGCAGCAAGAGGGGCUCCGACGACCCAUACACGCCGGGUUUCCGGGACCCCAACGACGGCGCGGUCGACUCGGUCGGCGAGGGUCUCGAUCCGCUGCCGUUCCGCAAUGGGCUCGGCGCAUCGGUGCUGGGCCCGUGGAACAGCGAGCGGUCGCGGCAGAACCCGGACCUGGUGCGCCCGCCGUCGACGGACAAGGGGAACAUGCCCAACAUGCGCUGGAGCUUUGCCGACUCGCACAUCAGGAUCGAGGAAGGCGGCUGGACUCGUCAGACGACGGUCCGCGAGCUCUCGACGAGCGUCGAGCUGGCCGGCGUCAACAUGCGUCUCGGCCAGGGCGUCAUCCGCGAGCUGCACUGGCACAAGGAGGCCGAGUGGGCGUACGUGCUGGACGGCGAGGUCCGCGUGACGGCGCUCGACUACGAGGGCGGCAACUUUAUGGACGACUUGAAGAAGGGGGAUCUCUGGUAUUUCCCCUCGGGUGUGCCGCACUCGCUGCAGGGCCUGAGUGAGAACGGCACCGAGUUCCUCCUCAUCUUCGACGACGGCCGGUUCUCCGAGGAGUCGACCUUUAUUCUGUCUGACUGGCUUGCCCACACCCCCAAGUCCGUCAUCGCCGAGAACUUCCACCUCGAGCCCGAGGUCUUCAAGCACCUCCCCGAGAGCGAGAAGUACAUCUUCCAGGGCUCGCUCCCCGGCCCCAUCGACGAGGAGCGUCCCACGGGCAAGCACGCCAAGAAGUCGCGCUUCAACUUCACGCACCGCAUGCUCGACCAGGAGCCCGAGCGGACGUCGGGCGGCGAGGUGCGCAUCACCGACUCGCGCAACUUCCCCAUCUCCAAGACCGUGGCCGCCGCCCACCUGACGAUCCAGCCCGGCGCGCUGCGCGAGAUGCACUGGCACCCCAACGCCGACGAGUGGUCCUUCUUCAUCAAGGGCCGCGCGCGCAUCACCAUCUUCGCGGCCGAGGGCACCGCGCGCACCUUCGACUACGUCCCCGGCGACGUGGGCAUCGUGCCCAAGAACAUGGGCCACUUUGUCGAGAACAUUGGCGACGAGCCCAUCGAGAUGCUCGAGGUCUUUAGGGCCGACGAGUUCCGCGACUUCUCCCUGUUCCAGUGGAUGGGCGAGACGCCCAAGAGGCUCGUGGUGGACCACCUAUUCAAGGACGACAAGGAGAACGGCGAGAAAUUCUGGAACGAGGUUAAGGAGGCGCAGAAGGAUCCGGUGACCAAGUUCCAGAAGACCAAGUCACAAUCUGAUGAGGCCCAGAGGGUGGAGGAGUUGUGAAGUGGAGGACUGAAGAGUUCUUGUAUAAUUGGGUAAAUAGUCGCAUAUAAUCUUCAAUGUAAAAAAGUACAAGAGUCUCGCAAGAGUGUACGUGAUGUGUUCGUUUGUAAACCCAAGUUUGAUAUUCGUUUUGGUCGAAGCGAGCGGCCGUUCACUCACUUACUUAUUUCAUUGCCUCACAAACUCUCACAGUUUCUCAUUCAUAGCUUCACAACUGCUACACAUCAAAACACCCUUUUCUUUUUCUGUCCCUCU